CCAUAUCAAGCAUUGCUUCUCAUUUGCCUCAUUCACUCAACACUCGUUACCUCGCAGAAGCUACUCGUCAUUAUUGCUGAAGGACUUGCCGGUAGCCAAUAUCAUAAAUUCAGUCAUCUACCUGGCUUCAGAACAUUUCAAACAAGUGGUGUAUGGUCGACUCUUUUGUAUCCUGAAUUUCCUACUUUACCAAUUCCGAAUAGGCAGACUCUAAUGACAGGCUUACUCCCACAUGUGCAUGGAUUAGUCGGUGAGCAAAUAUACAAUCAAGAUACAGGCAAUAUCUUCUCGGCGUUUCAUUCGCCAUCAGACUACAUCAGGGAUAUUUGGUGGAAGUAUGAACCAGUUUAUGUGACGGCACAAAAAGCUGGAAUACCGAGUGCGCUAUUCUUUUUUCCUGAAUGUAAGGUCCGAUGGAGACCUUCACCAUCGAUUUGUGAAGCACCCGAUGAAUCAGGUCUUGAUAGCAUUGUGAAUGUAAAACGUAUAAUCGAGGCAACUAGGACACAUGAUUUGGUGAUGGUAAAUCAUGUCAAGAUUCGAGAGCAUAUCGAACGCUUUGGACCACAGAACAUUCGCUACAGCAAAUCAGAGGAGAUCGAGAAAUUCACACAGGUUCUCGAACGACUACAGUCACAAGUUCGUGAUCGAAUUGAUUUGAACAUGCUUGUUGUAUCACCACAUGGCUACAUUGAUGUACCACAACAAAACGUUCGCUAUUUGGAUCACUUUGUUCCAAUGGAAUUAGUAAACCUUACGGUUGGAUUCGGCGCUCUAAAGCAGAUAAUACCCUUCCCGGGUAGAACACAUCAGAUAUACACUCAACUCCGCUACUCGUCACCAAUACCAAACGUUAAGGUUUACUAUACGGCUAAGAAUAUCGGUGAUAUUCCUUCGUGGUAUUUUUAUCACAGAUGUGAUGUGAUUCCUGAUCUUGUCCUUAUCGCAACACCCGGAUACGCUAUUUACACAGCAAGUGAGCAGAAACAACUUCCUCGACCAUCGGAAACAGUUCAUCGUAAGGGUUUAAGUGGCUACAAUAACGAAUAUCCAGACAUGCUCGGCAUCCUUCUCGCAUUUGGUCCGAUAUUUCGAUCGGGUAUGAGGAAAGGACCAACAAAUUUAGUCGAUUUAUACGAGUUGAUAUGUGCAGUGCUGCAAAUCAAAUGUACUCCAUCGUUCGGCAAUUUCACAAAUGUUGACGACAUCUUCGUUGAAGAUGCACUCACCCGAAUAAAGUCUGUGAGCAGUAACAGAAGCGGUGCAAAUUUCGUUGAUUCGUCCUUAUAUCUGCAUUAUUGUAUUGCUCUUUUUCUUCUCUUAAGGAUAUUUUUUGUGUUGUAA